UAUUCAGUACCCAAUUCGAAUCCAAUGCGAACCAACCGUUCAUAAGAACCUGAAAUCUAACCCUUGCAGACAUUACCGUUUCCUCUAUUUCUUGAGCUGUCUUUAUCCGCAUAAAACUAUCUCAACACAAAAUACCAAACGCCUAUAAAUUUAAAUUCUCAUUUAGCCCAAAACGAAUCCAGUCCAGUCCAAAAUUCCCAACCAUGCGACAUGAGCCAUCGCCCGACGCCGCUGCAGAUGACUCCAGAUCGCCCUUCUGCUGGUGGCGAUCGGCCGAAGAAUUCGACGGCGGCGACAAUGUCCGGCUCAAGAUCGACGUGUCCAACGUCUCGAACCUUACUCCCAGGAUCAAGAUCCUCAGGGAAUUGGAGCGACUAGCGCUGAUCGCGCCCGAAGCACUCUACGAUCUCCGCCACAAACUCACCACGUAUAAGUCAGGUGAUUUCUGGCUGCCGACGGGCGGAAUCAAGAAGGAGGAGAUGAACAUACCGCCGAUAAUUACAAUCUUGUUGGUGGGUUUUAUCGGGUCCGGCAAGAGCUCUCUUAUAAACAUGAUGUAUAGCGUGCUCGGCCGAGCGGGUCUCAUCCCGUUCGCUCAAGCUUCAGGGAAUUCGGUGAAUUACAGAAGUAACUUCCUUGAAGAACAUAAUGUACUGAGGUCGAUGCGUAAUGGGUUUUGUGUGUUCGACUCGAGAGGUUUGGACCGUGAUCGGAUGGAUGAGAGUCUCGAUGGGCUGUGUGAGUGGAUGGUGGAUGGGAUCCGCCAUCGCCAGCUGUGUUGGAGGUCAGGCGAUGAUGAUGGAUCGAGGGGGGGAGAUGGCAGGGUGCUUUCUUCCCUGAAAUCGUCGGGGUCUAUGUACGCCAAAAGGUGGGUGAAUUGCGUGGUGGUGGUGGCGAACGCUGCGGAGAUUUAUCGAGCUUUGAAGGGUGGGGAUUCGGGACCGCUGGAGGCGACAAGGGAGCUCUUCCACUUCCCUCCUAUAAGGAGAUGCAAUGAGAAUCCCAUCCUGAUCUUGACACAUGGUGACGAGCUAUCGACUGAAGAGAGAUUAGAGGCUCGGGCGAAGAUCUGUGAAUUCCUUGGUGUUUCAGAGACGACGGGCGCCUACGAUGUGGUCUGCCUGACCGAACAUGGAAUCCUAGCCGUUGAGUCGGACCCAGUUACGGCAUACACGCUAACAGAAGCGAUAUACAGGGCAUUGCUCUUCUCGGAUAGGAGUCACUCCCCAAAGAAGAGCAUGAAGGACUGGGCCCUAGUUUGUGUUUCAUGGGCCAUGUGCUUCAUCUCAGCUUUCUUUGCUUUUCUUGCUAACUGCUUUUCCAAUCUUGGAAAGAAGGCAGACAGGUUUAAAAGAUGAAAGUCCAUGACAUUGCUUUUGUACAUUUUAGUUUAGCGGUGUAAAACUAGCACGCUUGUGUGUUGUAUUGAGGUGUGUUUCUUUUUAUUGAGAAAAACUUUGAUACUC